AUGACGACAAAUGAGCUGUCAGCCCUAAAAAUUUAUUGGGAUGGUACAAUAUUAUCGACUCCGGUUGGAGUUGAUUAUGUUUCCGGUAAAUCAGAACUGGUUGAGCUGACGAAUGUAGUGAAUUUUGCACAACUACAAGUCGUAAUUAGAAGGGUAAUUGGGAUGAAGGAUGGUGACGAGAUAGUGAAGAUUUAUCUACGAGUGCAUCGGUUCGAUGAACAUGGAAGAUUUCAAAAAUAUGAUGGUUUUCCUAUGGAGACAGAUGUUCAUAUGGAAGCAAUGUGGCGUAAUGUUUCGCGGACGCCACAAAUGAGGGAUGAUGAUGAUGAUGACAUUGGUGGUGAGAAUGGAGAUGGCACCCAUGGUGAGAAUGUUGGUGGUGGGUCGGAACAAAAUACAGAUCAUUUUGAAUCGCGCCUUCCUCAUGAGUACACGCAUCAGAAUGUUGACGACAUGUGUGUCAAUAUGAAUCUGUGGCCUAAAGAAAAUGCAAUAUGGGAAGCUGGCAAAGAGUUUGAAUUGGGGAUGGUUUUUAGUUCGAGGUAUGCUGUCCAGACAUGCGCGGCGAGUUAUCACAUUGCAGCUAAUAAAGAAUACAAGAGCAGUCAAACAACUGGUAAAACAAUAGUUCUAGUGUGUGUGAACAAUGACACUUGCAAUUGGAGAGGCACUAGAGAGGACCGCCGUGAUGUUACAUCGCCCCCUAUCGAGCCUUCUAUACCGCCGCAUCGACUACCAGUCAUACCUGACGCGCCGAUAGAUCCGACUACACUGCGACAUCGACGGCGAGAGCGGCGUCACCCCCCUGCACCACCUCAGCGUCCGACCGAUCCUAUGCCUCCCCCAGUGGUUUUUCAUCCUUUCAGAGGGCAUUACUAUUACGCGGGGUCCAGCUCUGCACCGCCACCCUUUUCAUCGGGUCCUCCUUCUUCAUCUGGCCAGUUUUACGGGGAUUCGGCACAUCAUUAUUUUCAGGGGUCAUGUUCAUAUCCAGUGCCACCAGGACCUUCUUCGCCAUUUGUUCCACCGCCGCCUGCUUAUGUACCACCUACGGUGCCUCCUUUUCAGGUGCAGUGGGAUCAGCCUACACAGGGUACACAGGACUUUCCAGCUUCGCAGGGACUUCCAGAGACACCUGGGACUACAGACUUUCUGUCAUAUGGUAGCAGUUGGUUAGGGCUAGACAGCAUGGAGGCGAUGAUGUUCCGCCAACAAGAAGAAUUUGUUACCCCGCCACCAGCAACGACGAGUACGGCCAUUCCCGAGGACCAGCAGGGUGACGACGGAGACGACGACGAGGACGCCGAUGCAGGAGAGGGAGAUGGUGAUGGUCGCCCAGGUCGUCACCAUCAGUACAGGCCGUCGGGCGAACCGUAACAGAAACAACUUGCGCUCGAACCUCCCGGUCACUAGCAGAUAUGACGAUAGGACUCCUAGGUGAUUUCUUUUUUGUACUUUGUACAUUAUUAUCUGAUGUAGUAAUCUUUUUUAAUUUGUAAUUUUUAGUUUAUUAAAUAUGUUAUUGUUAUGAAGUAUAAAUUAUAUUUGAAUAUUUGUUAAUAUAAUUAUU